AUGGUUACUACCCGUAGUUCUAAGACUCAAGCAGCCAACGACAAGACGCCCGUCUGUUUGUCCCAGGCCCCCAAUGGCGCCCCGGUCAUUCGCUCAGGUUUUCAGGCCGUUCUUGCUGGCCCAGCCACUUCCCCUACCGAGCUCCAUGCUAACAAGUUCAUGGUCUCGGGCCCGGUCUGUCCUUUCACCCCGGUGAAUUCCCCAGAGACUAAGGUUCCCGUCCCGAUUCACCCGUCUACCGUGGCCCCGGAAUCCAGUCAUGCCAGCGAGCAUGUCGAUCCUCAUCUAGUUCAAGAGGGCAUCAACUUCUAUCCCCUCCAAAGCCGUUGGUCCCCGGCUUUCACCCCAUCGGUUGGAAACUUCCCUCCCGGGCUUAGAAGCCCAGAAUUUGUCAAUCCUAGCUCCACCGACGGAAACUCCGACUCUGAGUCUGGAUCUUCCCAUUCCUCGGUUUCUGACGGGUUCAGCUCGGGAUCCAAGUCUAAAUCCAGCGCCCCGGCUUCUGCUCCUCCUUCCAUUCCAAACUCAUCCGCGUUCCCGUCGCCUUCUUCUUCGGAUCUCCGAUCGGUUCCGCCCUCCGAGUGUCUACGCCAAUCGCCCUCGACCUCAACCUGUCGCCACUGGGUCUGGGAACUCCUACGAUGA